ACCAAUAAAGAUAACGCUUAUCUAAUCGCGAUCACAAGUCUUGCGUUGCUCCCAGUCCCUAAAAAACAAUGUUCCCACAAUAAUCCAAAAACUGAAGUUAGAUAUUAUUUUUAAUUUAAUUAAUUAAGGCAAUUAGCACAAAAUGAGAUACGCCCUUUCUUACACCGGGUCUGUUCUGGCCUCCACAGUCCUCACUAUUUUAGUCCUUUACUACGUCCUUACGGGAAAAGGCGAACAAAUCAGCUUUGCAUGGUUGUUGGAAAACGUUUCGCCCUAUAUGUGGGCUUCCACGGGGAUCGGCUUCGCCGUGUCGCUUUCAGUCGUGGGUGCAGCAGGCGGGAUUCACACCACCGGUGUGAGUAUUGUGGGUGCAGGGGUGAAAGCGCCGCGGAUCAAGACAAAGAAUCUUAUUUCGAUUAUUUUCUGCGAAGCUGUGGCCAUUUAUGGGCUUAUCACGGCCAUAGUUUUAUCGAGUAAUUUCCAGAUAAUGAGCCCCUCUGUGAGCCUCGCUGAUAAUUUGUUGGGGGCGUACAUUAUUUUCGGGGCCGGGGUUACAGUCGGCUGGGUGAACCUCUUCUGCGGGCUCUGUGUCGGAGUUGUAGGCUCGGGGGCGGCGAUUGCGGAUGCCGCCAAUGCUUCACUCUUCGUCAAAAUUUUGAUUAUUGAAAUUUUUGGCAGUGCUAUUGGUCUGUUUGGACUAAUUGUCGGGGUUUAUCUUACGUCGAAGGGAUCGAUGGGUUAGAGGAGUCGUUUUAAAUUAGUUACGAAUUAUGAUUGUAAUAAUUUAAUUGUUAUUGCUUUGUUGUAGUUUGGCCAGUCAAAUACAUCUAUGAUUAAUA